AUGAAGGCCAGCAGCAUCUUCCUCGUCGCCCUCCCCCUCGUCUCCGCCUGGAAGCUCGAGCUCUGGGCCACCGGCGGGCGCCAUGUCACCAUGAGCGGCACGCGGGACAGCGGCUGCAAGGACAUCUCCUUCACGCCCGUGCUCAACGUCAACAAGGCCAAGCUCAACCCCUCGACCUCUCUCUACCCCGACCCCAAGACGUUCGAGCUCUAUGUCAACAAGGGCUGCCGCGGCCUCAGCUACCGCAACGGCAAGGGAACCCACAAGAUGAGUGCCCGCAAGAUUCGCAGCUACAAGGUCUACUAA